CAUUGGUGUCAUUUUGAAAACAUAACCAAUAAAUAUAAAUUUGAAAACGAAAAAAAUAGAAAAAUAUCACGAAAAAAGCAUUAAAUAAUGUAUUAAUUUUUAUAGUGAUACAGUUUUGUUAUUUGCGGACUUUUUUUUAUUCCUAAUUAUCUUUGUACUACUUUAAAAAUGCCGACAAUAUCAGUAAAACGCGAUGCACUUUUUGGUGCAUUAGGAAAGACAUACACUGAUGAAGAAUUCCAAGAUUUAUGUUUUGAAUUUGGUCUGGAAUUGGAUGAGGUUACCACAGAAAAGCAAAUGCUCAUCAAGGAGCAAGGUGAACAGGCUGGCUCCGGAGUGUCUGAAGAGAUUUUAUAUCGAAUAGACAUCCCUGCUAAUAGAUACGACCUGCUAUGCCUGGAGGGACUUGUUAAUGGCAUACUCGUUUUUCAGGGCAAAAAAGAUCCACCGUCAUACAAACUGAACAAAUAUGAAGACAUAUACUCCCUUCACUUGACUCCAGCUACGGCUCAAAUAAGGCCAUACGCAGUGGCUGCAGUGCUUAAAGGUAUUUCCUUCACUAAGGAGAGCUACAACAGCUUCAUUGACUUGCAGGAUAAAUUACAUCAGAAUAUAUGCAGAAAGAGAACCCUGGUGGCCAUAGGAACUCACGACUUGGACACAAUCCAAGGCCCGUUUGUAUAUGACGCUUUACCACCAAAUGAGAUUAAAUUCAAGGCACUGAACCAAACCAAAGAAAUGACAGCCACUGAUCUUAUGGAACUAUACUCUACUCACCCCCAAUUAAAACAAUUCCUGGGAAUUAUCAGAGACAGUCCCGUGUACCCUGUGAUCAAGGACAAGAAUGGCGUGGUGCUCUCAAUGCCACCAAUCAUCAACGGCGAACACUCCAAAAUCACUUUAGACACUAAGAAUGUGUUUAUUGAAUGCACUGCUACAGAUCUUACCAAGGCCAUAAUAGUUCUCGAUACAAUAGUAUGCAUGUUCUCUGAAUACUGCACCAGCAAAUAUGAGGUGCAGCAAUGCAAAGUGUUUGCUCCCGACGGCACGUACGAGCUGUACCCUCAACUGCAGUACAGAGAUGAAAUCAUCAAUGUGGAGAAGGCCAACAACUAUAUUGGUAUCAGGGAAAACGGCGACAAUCUCGCAGCAUUGCUGUCUCGGAUGUGUCUGCCGGCCGCGGUCGAGGACUCAGUGCUGCACGUGAGGGUUCCGCCGACGCGCCAUGACGUCAUACACGCCUGCGACCUGUAUGAAGACAUCGCCAUUGCUUAUGGAUACAACCGCAUAGAGCGGCGCCCGUGCGCAGUGGUGACGUCGGGCGGGCAGGUGCCGCUCAACAAGGUGACGGAGCAGCUGCGACAGGAGUGCGCGCACGCCGGCUUCACUGAAGCGCUCACCUUCACACUCGUGAGUGACCACUAUGUUACCUAUAUACUUGUAACGUCGGGCGGGCAGGUGCCGCUCAACAAGGUGACGGAGCAGCUGCGACAGGAGUGCGCGCACGCCGGCUUCACUGAAGCGCUCACCUUCACACUCUGUUCCCGAGAAGAUAUAGCAUCCAAAUUGGGUGUGAACAUCGACACCGUUCCCGCGGUCCACAUCUCCAACCCCAAGACCCUGGAGUUCCAGGUGGUGAGGACUCUCCUGCUGCCCGGCCUGCUGAAGACGCUCGCCGCUAAUAAGAAGAUGCCGCUGCCUUUGAGACUAUUCGAAAUCAGCGAUACUGUUCUAAAAGAUGAGGCAGCAGAGACCGGCGCUCGCAACUCGCGGCGGCUGUGCGCGGUGUACUGCGGCAAGGCGGCCGGCUUCCAGUUCGUGCACGGGCUGCUGGACCGCGUCAUGGCGCUGCUGCGCCAGCCCUGGGACCAACGCGCCGGCUACUGCUUGCGACAGUGUGACGGUAACUGUUUACUACCAACACUAACGUAUAGACACGAGUCACCAACGCGCUGGCUACUGCUUGCGACAGUGUGACGAUCCAGGCUACUUCCCUGGCCGUUGCGCCGAAGUGUUACUCCGAGGUCAAGUUAUCGGUAAAGUGGGCGUGGUCCAUCCCAACGUGUUGACAGCGUUCGAGCUCACCAACCCCUGCUCUGCUGUAGAAAUUGAUAUUGAACCUCUUUUGUGAAAUGAUAACUUUUUGUAUAAUUAAUGACUGUUAUGUUAUCGCUUGUAAUUAUAUCAAUUAAACAGA